UUCAAUCAAUAGUAAAGUUUGGCAGCGUCAUCAUGAACUGUUAAUCCACUUCUUCAAUUUCUAUAUAAACCCGUUACAAGCAACAUGGACACAAUAUCAGCUGUUCUUGUUUUUCAUAGUUCCAUAUACUUUUGUGCAAUUUAAGCCAACCAGCAUCAACUAUCCAUGGCUCAUCACGGUGUUUCAGGCCUAGUUGGGAAACUUGUAACUGAAUUGGAGGUCAAUUGCGAGGCUGACAAAUAUUAUAAAAUUUGGAAGCACCAUGAAGAAGUUCCACAGGCAGUUUCCCAUCUAUUCACCGGCGUCAAGGUUAUCGAAGGAGAUGGACUUCUUUCCGGUUGUAUUAAGGAAUGGGACUAUAUUUUUGAGGGUAAGGCGAUGAGCGCUAAGGAGGAAACUACACAUGACGAUGAAGCAAGGACUUUACAUCACCGUCUUUUUGAUGGAGAGUUGAUGAAGGAUUACAAGAAGUUUGAUUCCAUAAUUGAAGUUAAUCCAAAGCCUAAUGCACAUGGAUGCAUUGUGACUUGGUCUAUUGAGUAUGAGAAAAUGAAGGAGGAUUCUCCGGUUCCCUUUGGUUAUCUAGCUUUCUUCCAUCAGAACAUCGUAGACAUUAAUUCUCACCUCUGCGUUUCUGAAUAAAAUGUUGAUACCAUGGUACAUGAACACGACUUUAGUGUUGGGUUUGUACAUGGUAUCUGUUGUUAUAAUUUGUUGCGUUCUUGCAGUAUGCAUUGACUUAGGUACUCAAUUCCAACAUUGGUACAAUUGAGUUGUUUGAUUGCUUCUUAUCUAAAGUAUGUAUGGUAAUUUCUUUACAGAGCAAAAAAUAAAAAUAAAAAUAA